AUGAGGAUUACCGAGAUUGUUAUCGACGGCUUCAAAUCGUACGCCGUGCGAACGGUGGUCUCAGGAUGGGACGAAUCCUUCAACUCCAUCACUGGCCUUAACGGUAGUGGUAAAUCCAACAUCCUUGAUGCCAUUUGUUUCGUGCUGGGAAUUACGAAUAUGACCACCGUCCGAGCGCAGAACCUGCAAGAUCUCAUCUACAAACGUGGACAGGCUGGUGUGACCAAGGCUAGUGUGACUAUUGUUUUCGACAACCGGGAUACCGCUAAGUCGCCAAUUGGUUUCGAGGAGUAUGCGACAAUCUCAGUUACCCGACAGAUUGUCCUGGGAGGUACAAGCAAAUACUUGAUCAACGGCCACCGUGCGCAACAGCAGACAGUGCAGAACCUGUUCCAGAGUGUUCAACUGAACAUCAACAACCCGAAUUUCCUUAUUAUGCAAGGUCGAAUCACCAAGGUCCUCAACAUGAAACCCGUGGAAAUUCUAUCGAUGAUUGAAGAAGCCGCGGGUACGCGAAUGUUCGAAGAUAGACGAGAGAAAGCGGGCAAGACCAUGGGAAAGAAGGAAAUGAAGCUGCGCGAGAUUGAAGGCUUACUUAAGGAGGAAAUUGAACCAAAACUGGAGAAGCUCAGGUCCGAAAAGCGAGCUUUCCUCGAUUUUCAGCAGACCCAAAACGAUCUAGAGCGGUUGACUCGACUCGUUGUUGCCCACGAUUACCUCCGGGGUGGUGAACGAUUACGAGUUGCAGGCGAGGAGUGCGAAAACAAGAGGCGCAAAGUGCAGGAACUUGAAGACAAUGCGACCAAACUGAAAAGCGAAAUAGCUCACCUGGAAGAGGAUGUCAAGCGUGUGAGGACAGCCCGGGACAAAGAGUUGCGAAAAGGAGGCAAAUUCCAGGCCCUUGAGGAUGAAGUCAAAAGCCACUCUCAUGAACUGGUUCGAUUAACCACUGUUUUUGAUCUCAAAAAUGCCAGUGUGGUCGAAGAGAAGGAAAAGCAGAAGAGCAUCCAAAAGACUGUCAAAGACCUCGAAAAGCUUCUCAAGGAGAAGAAGAAUAUCUAUGAUAAGCUUCAAGAACAAUAUGAUGCCGCAAAGGCAGAACUUGACGCCCAAACCGCGGAGGUUGAGCAAAAGGAGGAGCUGUUGCAGACACUGCAAACUGGUGUCGCAUCAAAAGAGGGCCAGGAAAGCGGUUAUCAAGGCCAGCUACAGGAUGCCCGGAGCCGUGCCAAUAACGCUGCCACAGAACAAGAACAGGCAAAGCUCAAAAUUGCACACUUGGAAAAACGGGUCAAGGAGGAAGAGCCUCGAGCCAAGAAAGCAAAGCAGCAGAACUCUGGUCUUUUGGAGGAACUAGAAGGGCUCAAGUCUCAGGCUAAGAAACUUGAAUCCGAACUGACCCGGCUUGGUUUCGAGCCCGGUAAAGAAGAGCAGCUAUACCAAGAGCAGGCCACCUUGCAAAGGGAUAUCCGUGAGCUGCGUGCGAGAGGCGACGACCUCAAGAGGAAAGUGGCAAACAUCGAUUUCAACUACGCAGAUCCCCACCCAAAUUUCGACCGUUCUAAGGUUAAGGGAUUGGUGGCUCAGCUGUUUACCUUGGACAAAGAAAAGACGCCAGCUGCAACAGCACUGGAGAUUUGUGCCGGUGGUCGUUUGUACAACGUGGUUGUCGAUACAGCGGAAAUCGGUACACAGCUGCUUCAGAAGGGUAAACUACGCAAACGUGUGACCAUUAUCCCCUUGAAUAAGAUCUCAGCUUUUAAAGCAUCCGCAGAAAAGAUCGGAGCGGCGCAAAAUAUUGCACCUGGAAAGGUGGAUUUGGCGCUGUCGUUGAUCGGAUAUGACGAGGAAGUGACAGCGGCAAUGAAUUAUGUAUUCGGCAACACAUUGGUCUGCAAUGAUGCAGACACAGCCAAACGAGUGACUUUCGACCCCUCUGUUCGAAUGAAGAGUGUCACUCUUGAUGGUGAUGUCUACGAUCCGUCCGGAACCCUGUCUGGUGGUAGUUCACCAAACUCCAGUGGUGUCCUCGUCACCUUGCAGAAAUUGAAUGAGAUCACAAGGGAAAUGAGAAGUAAGGAACGGCUUCUGGCUACACUGGAAGAGACAAUGAGGAAGGAAAAGAGGAAGCUCGAUGCGGUCCGCGGAAUCAAGCAGGAUUUGGACCUCAAAUCCCAUGAGAUCAAGCUGACUGAGGAACAAAUCAGCAACAAUUCCUCCUCAUCGAUUAUUCACGCUGUCGAGGAGAUGAAAGCAAACAUUGAGCAACUGAAGAAAGAUAUCUCCGACGCGAAGACACGCCAGAGCGAAGCAUCCAAGGAUAUUAAGCGAAUCGAGAAGGAUAUGAGCGAAUUUAACGAUAACAAAGAUGAUAAGUUAGCGGAACUGCAAAAGUCGCUCGAUUCCCUCAAGAAAAGCCUUAGCAAGAACUCCAACUCAGUCAAAACCCUACAAAAAGAACUUCAAAACUCCCGCCUUGAAUCUGAGCAAGUUGGCGGCGAUCUCUCGGCUGCCGAAGAACAGAGUGCUGAAUCUGAAAAUACACUAAAGGCCCAAAAGGACGAAAUUGAGUCCUUGAAGAGAGAGCAGACUCGAAUCAAGGAUGCACAUGACGUCGCCCAGGCCCAGCUGGAUGAUGAACGAGCUAAACUGACUGGGUUUGACGAUGAGCUUCGUGAGCUCGAGGAAGCUAUGCACACAAAAUCCUCACGGAUUACGGAAGAGGGUCUAGAAAUGCAGAAGCUUGGGCAUCAACUCGAAAAGUUACAGAAAGACCAACAAGCCGCUGCUCAAGCCGUCGCUCACAUGGAAGGGGAGCAUGAAUGGAUUGAAGAUGAAAAGGACAACUUCGGACGUUCAAACACCCCCUACGACUUUAAGAAUCAGAAUAUCGCCGAGUGCAAAUCCACUCUACGAAACCUCACUGAGCGGUUCCAAGGCAUGAAGAAGAAGAUUAACCCCAAGGUUAUGAACAUGAUCGACAGUGUUGAGAAAAAGGAGGCAGCGCUGAAGAAUAUGAUGAAGACUGUUAUUCGUGACAAGCGCAAGAUUGAGGAAACCAUCAUCAACCUGAACGAAUACAAGAAAGAAGCUCUUCACAAGACGUGGGUCAAGGUCAACGGCGACUUUGGACAGAUCUUCGCGGAGCUUCUGCCAGGCAGUUUCGCCAAGCUGGAUCCCCCCGAGGGCAAAGACAUCACCGAUGGUUUGGAAGUCAAGGUGUCUCUGGGUAAGGUUUGGAAGCAGAGUCUGGCAGAGUUGAGUGGUGGACAACGGUCUCUCAUUGCCCUGUCGUUGAUCAUGGCGCUCCUGCAAUUCAAGCCGGCUCCCAUGUACAUUCUGGACGAAGUCGACGCUGCUCUCGAUCUGUCACACACUCAAAACAUCGGACGCUUGAUCAAGACACGCUUCAAGGGAUCUCAAUUCAUCAUUGUCUCUCUGAAGGACGGCAUGUUCCAGAACGCAAACCGUAUCUUCCGAACGAGGUUCAGUGAGGGAACCAGUGUCGUUCAAGCUCUGACUCCUGCCGAUAUGAAAUAA